AUGCGCUUCAGGGCGUACUCUACAGACAGCGAGGGGGAGCUCUCCUCUGACGACGAUGCGAAGCGCGUAGACGACGAGGUGGGGACCGCGUCCGACGCGUCGGAGGACGAACAUCGCCCUGCAACUCGACCACGAAGGCGCGACGACUCGCCCAUCUCUGAGCCAACAGAGCCAGAGCCAGAGGAGUCUGAAGAGGAACCGGUACCUCGAAGACGGCCCGUGGUGCAGUUCGACCCAGCAGUCAAGUCUCCGCCGCUUACCCAGCGCGCUCCCGUGAACCUGACGAUCACAUCAUGGGCGAGGGACCGAGGGAUCGAGCCGCAGAAGAUGCACGUCAUGCAGGCCGCGUUGUUUCGGCAACCGGAGGAGGAGGCUGCGAUGAAGGCCGCGUCGCAGGCGCCACAGCCGCGUCGAAAGGCCUCCGUGUUCGCGGGCUUGAGCCGAAAGCAUAGCAGGGAUUCGGAAGGAGAGGGAUUGCGGACGGAGCUACGUCAGCGCGCCUCAUUUGCACAAGACCUUGAACCAACGCCCUACCGACCAACUCGAAAGUACGCACGCGUAGAAAGUUCUGCGUCUGCAGUGACUGGCACCGAGGGCGCAUUCGUAGACGCAGGACUCGCCUUUGGGCGUUCGUUCCGCGUUGGUUGGGGCCCUGGAGGCACUCUUGUUCACCUGGGUACCCUUUGUAGUCCGCACAGCACACCGGGAAACUCGGCAAAUUCCUCAAUCCUGCGCAAGACUGUCGUCCCUCUUGUGGCAGGACUUCCGGCGCAAGCGGGCGAACAUGCAUCAAAGCUGCUCUCACAUCACUUAAGCUCCUCACCGAUCGAGGCGGACGAAGAUGGUGUGCCUUUUGCAAACCCGUCUCGAGGGCUCACUUUCUCCUCGUUCGCCGCCCUGUUCCCUAUCACCGACCGCUCAUUCGAGGCAUGCUUGUUCCGCUUAGGUCGAGCGCUGUUCGACCCGAUAGAUCUGCGCCUGGCGGAGCCUAUUGGGGUCGACAUCCGCAACCGGGUGUACGCAUUACGCCGCAAGGCCGCGCUCUCGAGUUGGUUACAAACCGCAGUGGCGGCGUCGGUGGACGCGGACCUGCGCGAAAACCCUGGCGCAGACUGGGCGUUUACUGCCUUUACGCUGCUCUCCGGGAAUCAAGCUGAGAAGGCGUGCGAGAUCGCCAUGGAUAGCGGAAAUGUCAAACUCGCUACUCUCAUCUCGCAGUACCCUGGCGAUGACGUAUUCCGAGACGAUGUGCGGACACAGCUAAAUGUGUGGCGCGACUGGAACAUCGACGCCCAUAUCAGUGAAAGCACGCGCAGGAUAUACGCGCUGCUCGGAGGUAUUGUGGAUAAUCUAGAAGGAUCCAAGGGCGUUGGACUUGAACAGUGCCCCGACCUUUCCGUCCCGAAAGGCCUGAACUGGAAGCGAGCAUUUGGUCUUCACUUGUGGUACGGCGAGCCAUUGGAGUCUACCGUGGCAGACGUUUUCCAGGCGUACGAACAACACUGGAGGAACACGCACGGAGAAGUUGCCUCACCUGUUCCUUGGUACGUGGAGCAGCCCGACCGCGACACAGGACUCGUCCCGUGGAAACAAGCUUCGUCCGCCAACCCUCCGGACGCGCUGUACUCUCUCAUCAGACUAUACGCCGACCCUGCGUGUUCGCUGUCUACGGUUCUGACGCCGCUGUCGUUCAACGCCUCCCCCGCGGACUAUCGCCUUCCAUGGCAUCUAUACGUCAUAAUGUCGCGAUGUCUGCGCGUCCGCGACUUCGCCGAUCGGGGGAAUACUGGCAUCGCAAUGGGCGAAGAUGCAGUUGACGCAAGUGAGGACGAUGAGCCAUCGGUGGAGGGCCAUAGCCCGAGCGCAGACCUCUUGGCGAAUAGCUAUGCGUUGCAACUAGAACAACAAGGCCUGAUUCAAGAGGCGGCCUUUGUGUUGUUACAUAUCGAGGGCUCCGCGGGACGCGUCAAGGCUAUCAAGGAGCUUCUGGGUCGCUCCGCCGCUCUACUGGAUGAUUGGAUGACUCGCGGGCUUGUAGGCAGUCUGAAGUUACCGCUGGCCUGGAUCAACGAAGCCAAGGCUAUGUACGCGUUGGACUGCGGCGAUGUUUACGGCGCAUACGAGCUUUAUCUUUCCGCCAGCUUGUACAACGCCGCCCACGAUCUGGCUGUGCUUCAACUAGCGCCCGACGCUGUGAUCCGUGAUGAUCUCGAGCUGUUGAGGAGCUUGUUCGGAAAAUUCCUCGAUCAUCCUGUAGAUGACUGGCACGUCAGAGGCAAGGUCUUCCUGGACUAUGUCCAAGCCAUGACACGCUUAGAAGAACUCCGAGACUACCUCGAAGAAUUGAACACCGCUGUUCCCGAUGCAGCAGAGGCAGCAGAACUCGACCACCUUGCGCGAUUUGUUCCAAAACUCAUAAGCAUCCUCCCCGACGUACUACACGAUCAAUCAGACGUCCGGCAUAAAGCAGCCGUGGCAGAGAUGACCACACAGCUCACCACGCGUCUUGAUCGAGUAAGGCCUCUUGCUAUACACCAGUCUCCCGUGCGCAAUACCGCGUUGAACGACGGUCUGCGGCUACACAAUAUCCGUACGGCUGCAUAUGAACGCUUUUUGAGGACUAUCGAAGCUGCAUAA